AAGUCCAUUCACGUUGUUUCCCCAAAUCACCGCAACUCCUCUCUCGUUCCUGGAGGCUGGGAUGGAAUCUCGGCCGGCGACAAUGGCGAAGGCGUCAAGGGCAGGGGCGCCGCCUCCCUGCAGCUGCCUCCCGGAGGAGAUCACCUUCUGGGAGAUCCUCGUCCGCCUCCCCGCAAAGUCCCUCCUCCGCUGCCGCGCCGUCUGUCGCACCUGGCGCCGGGUCACCUGCGCCCGCGACUUCCUCCUCGCCCACCAUGCCCGCCAGCGCUCUCUUCCCAUCGUCUCGGGCGUCCCCGGCUCCGAGUAUGGAAGUGCCCGCUACCAAGACAUCCUCGCCUUCAAUCACCGGGCUGCCGGCGCCGAGCUCCAACCAGUCGCCCGGCUUGACACCUCAUUCUUUGUGGAGUCCUCCUGCGACGGCCUCCUCGUCCUCUCCAAGAGUUCCAAUAGUGUCACCUGCCUCUCCGUCUGCAACCCGGUCACUCGUGAGCAUGCCCCCCUCGUGGACUUCACUUAUCUCUGUUUAUUGGGAAUGUACCUGCAUCGUCCUACAGGUGAGUACCGCCUGUUACUGCACCCGAGGAGCCAGACGCCAGUGUCGAUUGCCGGAACUCUGCUGCCUAACAGUAAAAUUGGCUGCUAUAUCUUCGCACCGGGCUCGGACCAGCCACCCAGGUACAUUCAGGGGCCAGAAGGCCGAGGAGCAGCAGCAGUGUUGCGUGUCAGCACACCUUACUGGGCACAUGAUAACCUGCAUUGGUUCCCAAUGCAGCGUCCGAGCGAAAGCAGACCGAUAUUCGUAUUUGACACCACAACCGAGUCGUUCCGGCAGAUGGUUGCUCCAGUUGUUCGCCCCAAGUCAAAUAUCUUUGAGAUGGAUGACACACUUGGCAUCUAUAACUAUAACGAUGCCACGGAAGUUGUUUAUAUAUGGAUGUUGCAGAACUACGAACGCGAGUUUUGGAAGUUCAAGUACCGGGUGGAAUUGCCGGUCGCAAAAAUCAGAGGGCAGUUUGGAAGGAGCGAAGGCAGUUUGGACGUGGGCGUUGUGUUGGCGGACGGUGACGUCCUCUUGCUGGUCAGUCAUGGUGGAUGGAUUUUUUACGUCAACACUGAUGGUGAACUGGUUGACAGCUUCCAUCGUGAUGGCCAACACAUCUAUGCUUCGGACCUUCGGUUCAAGCAAACUCUUGUUCCGCAUAACUUCUUCAUGGCACUUGAAUAUUCUUCUGUGAACGCUUCGCCUUUCCUCUGAUGGUUGUUGAGUGAGGUGGUUCUUCUCUACAGAUUAGUUGUCAUAUCCUCAUUAGCUGCAAUAUAUAUGAACUGGAUCAUUUAUGAGCAUGCUAGCUUCUUCUUUUUUUGCAUUGAUGUGCAUAAACUAUGAUCAGAGGCUCCUAGUGCUAUGUGGUUGCAUUAAAUCUAUGAUUUUUUAGAUACCCUUUCAAGCUGAA